CUCUCUGAGUCCCAGCCCCUGAAGGUGUCAUAACUGUGUUCUCUCUCUCCCUCUCUAUCACCGCCUUUCAGAUCUUUAAAAGCUGCUGCUUUGCUGUGUCUCGAUCUCCGUUUGUCUCCUCUAGCACUGCAGAGGACUCCUGGCUGUCUUGAGAUAAACCGGCUAAGCAUCAAGCAAAGCUGAAGAGACGGAAAGAAGACGGAAAAACAGGAGAGAAGAAAUAGCAUUAGCCACAUUUGACUGAGAGAGGGAGGGAGAAAGAGAGAGUGUGGAGCUGAACCUGAGACCUGGACAGAAAAUGCCUCUCCUAUCUAACUUAACGACUAUUAUCUUGUUGUUGAUUGCUCACUGCGGAUCUUCGACUCUAGCUAACCGUUUGGGACCCUACAAGGGUUGUCUGUCAUGUAAAGAACCAGGUCGGGCCCCCCGCGACCAUAUUGGGCAGGCAGGCAGUACAUCAAUGUUGGCCCAGGGAGAGCCCUGUGGUGUGUACACCAUGAGCUGUGCCAAGGGGCUGCGCUGCGUGCCUCUUCCUCAGGAACACAGCCCUCUCCAGGCUCUGUUGCAGGGCAGGGGCUUCUGCACCAAGCACAGCAGGACCAGUCCCACGGAGAGGCCCCACCCCACAGGUCCACAUCCUUCGCAUAGUGGUGAAAUAGAAAAGGCACCCUGCCGUAAGCUGCUCAAUAGUGUUCUGCGUGGUGUUGAGCUCACUAUCUUCCUGUCUGAUCGUGACAUCUAUAUCCCCAAUUGUGAUACUCAGGGCUUCUACAGGAAAAAGCAGUGUCGUUCCUCCAAGGGUAUACAGCGUGGCCUCUGUUGGUGUGUGGACGAGCUGGGUACUGCCUUGCACUCACGUGCCAGCGAAGACGGCACUUUACCAUGCGAUGGAGAUUGAGGGAGGUUUCUGUCCCACAACUUUGAGCCUAGAGGAGGGGAAUAGGAGGAGGAGCAGGACAUGGAGAGGGGGUGGCUUUAGCUUGUGCUAGACACUGCCUCGACAGGAGAAACCAGGGAUUAACCACUUCCUAUGGAAAUUACCCAAAAUUAGGUUACAGUCCUCUAGUCAAGAAACAUCUCAACAAAGACACAUACCUACAGUACUACAGUAGCAAUAUCCAGCUUAAUGUUCAACAGUUUGCAGCUACAAUACCAGUCCUCUGAAUCAUUCAGUGUAACAAUGUGCUAUAGCUUACCUAGCUCACAUUACCACUUUGUUACUCACUGCCUCAACUAACUGAUAUCUCAGCUGUAUUUCUCCAUAAUUAAUUCCCUGGCUCUUGUCCUGGCUUCGUCCGUUCGUUGUAGAUGUUCUGUUUUAUAGGAUAGCUGACGCUGCCUGUGUUUGUUAUUGACUCAGUUGGCUGAAAUACUGUUACGCUGGUGUUGGUGUGACACAAUGUUUGAAAACAUGUCUACGUCACCAUCCUCUCUCCAAAGAUACACUGACAUUAUGAUAUUUAAUUAAUACAAUAUAAGAAUAUUCCUUUUCUAUUUAAUUUAUUUUGGAAUAUGUAGUACUGCUUGAAUUUGACACUUAUCCUAUAAUCGCGUCAGAAAAACAGUGAUGUGAAACAGUCCAUUGUUGUUGAAAUGACGUUCCGACUGCUCUGAUAGCUGAUUGUUUGUACAUAUUUGGGAUUUUUGUGGUUGACAGUGUGUUCUGAAGUGGUAGACAAAAAACGCUUAUGGCUGUUACGCUUUUCAAGAAGUUGUUAAGCAUAUUUUUAUAUACAUCAAUAUAAUAUUUUAUAUAUAAAUUGUUCGUUAAUUUAAUUAACUACAAUGCCAUGUAUUUUUAUAUUGUCAGCAGUUUUUUUUUUUUAAACAGAGGUUAUUUAAUUUCAUUGCUAGGGACAACAUUGUGCUUUGGCGGCAGUAGCACCCUCAUGGCAAAAUUGAUCACACACAUCUGAGCAAUUCAACUGUUAUGAUUUUUACUUCAAGAUUUCUAUUUUAUUUAUACUUUGACCAUUUAAUAUUGGAAUGUAUAAUGGUAAUGUUUUGCUUUUGGCACAUCCUAUUAAAAUGCAAAUUUUCGUAAAUGAAGUUUAAAUAUGUUACAGUUACUUAAUUGUCUUUCCCAAGUCCUCAUAAAAAACGUUAAAUUGUGAUAAACUGUGAUAAACUGUGUGAUUAGAUGGUGUCUAUUUCUCACCAAUCUUGUUGUGCCAAUCUCUUUGCUGUGAUGCUAGGUCCAUGCACAGGGGGCCUGUAAGAGCUCAAAUAAAAUCUAAUGAUAUCAAACUGGAUAACAAUAAAUAAAUACAUAUAUUAAUAUAAUAAA